AGCACCUUUGUCGUUGUCAUUGAAGAAAUCUACAAAAUGGGCAAUCGCCAUACCACUUCUUCAAGUCACCAAGGCUUUGAUGCUGCUCGAGAUGCCAAGAAGCUGAACAAGGCCUGCAAGGGGAUGGGAACAGAUGAAGCUGCCAUCAUUGAAGUCUUGUCAAGUAGAACAGCAGACCAGAGACAGCAAAUAAAGAAGAAAUACAAGACCACGUAUGGCAAGGAACUGGAAGAGGUGCUGAAGAGUGAGCUCAGUGGGAAUUUUGAGAAGACAGCCUUAGCCCUCCUGGAUCUUCCCAGUGAAUACAGUGCCCGAGAGUUGCAGAAGGCCAUGAAAGGCAUUGGGACCGAUGAAUCUGUGCUGAUCGAGAUUCUCUGCACCAGAACCAAUAAGGAAAUCAAGGAAAUAAAAGAGGCAUACCAAAGGCUAUUUAACAGUAACCUUGAAUCUGAUGUCAAAGGCGACACCAGUGGAGACUUUAAAAAGAUUCUUGUGUCUUUGUUACAGGCUGACCGAGAUGAAGGGGAGAAUGUUGAUAAAGAUCUAGCCAGUCAGGAUGCAAAAGAUCUCUAUGAUGCAGGGGAAGGUCGUUGGGGCACAGAUGAACUGGCUUUCAAUGAGGUCCUGGCAAAGAGAAACUACAAGCAACUGAGGGCCACCUUCCAAGCCUAUCAAAUUUUAAUCGGCAAGGAUAUCGAAGAGUCCAUUGAAGAAGAAACAUCUGGAGACUUGAAGAAGGCCUACUUAACUCUAGUGAGAUGUGCCCGAGACUGUCCAGGCUACUUUGCUGAGCUCUUGUACAAGUCCAUGAAGGGAGCUGGGACUGAUGAAGAGACUUUAAUCCGAAUCAUUGUAACCAGGGCUGAGGUUGAUCUCCAGGCAGUGAAAGAAAAGUUCAAAGAGAAAUACCAGAAAUCCCUUGCUGACACCAUAUGCUCUGACACAUCUGGGGACUUCAGGAAGCUGCUAUUGGCUCUCCUACACUGAGCCUAGCGCGGAGCAGCAAGAACACAGGAGAGAACUACCUUUAUCAUGGGCACUUUCCCUAUCCUGAUGAAAAAUAUGAGACGGGCAGGAAAAGCCAUGGAGUGCACGAGUUUAUUUUCCAAGCCCUGUUUGCUACAGCUGGCCUAGCAGCCUUGGUUGAGGGUAUUGUUCUCAGUGGGCUUGUGUAGUUAAUCCAAACUGAAAUGUACCGGCCUAAAAUAAUGUGCUCUCUCGCUCUCUCUCUCUCUCUCUUUCUCUCUUCCUCUUUAACUUGUUACUGAAUGUUUACAGAGUACAAUAGCAGAGUGCAAA